AUGCCCCACAAACAAGACGGAGCGUGGGAUGCGCAUCAACGCGAUCCCGAUUCGUUCUGGAAACGCCAAGCAGACCAGCUCGUCUGGCAUAAGAAGCCACAGACUACAUACAAGAAGUUCUCAAAGAAGUUAUCAUCCGGCGAGUCGCACGACACAUGGCAAUGGUUCCCCGAUGGCGAGAUCAGUACAUCCUAUAACGCGGUAACGCGACACGUGGAAGCUGGCCAUGGCGACAACAUCGCGAUCAAGUGGGAUAGUCCAGUCACAGGCCAGAAACAGAACAUCACGUACAAAGAGCUAGAUUCUGAAGUAGCGAUCCUGGCAGGUGCACUGCGGGAAGAAGGAGUGAGGAAGGGCGAUGUGGUCAUCAUAUACAUGCCAAUGAUACCUGCUGCCCUCAUAGGUAUGCUGGCUGUCGCAAGGCUAGGAGCCGUACAUGCUGUGGUCUUCGGUGGCUUCUCAGCAGCGUCUCUGGCACAACGCAUUGAUUCUUCAAAGCCAAGGGCUAUGCUGACAGCAAGCUGUGGCAUCGAGGGCGCGAAAGGGCCCCUGCCAUACAAGCCUAUGGUGCAAGGCGCUAUCGAGCAGGCGAAGCACAAACCGACGAGAGUGUUGAUCUGGCAGAGAGAUCAGCAUAGAUGGAACGACACAGACAGACUGAACGGGGAGAGGACGUGGCAGAGGGUUGUCAAGUCUGCAAGAGAUAGAGGAGUAAGAGCUGAGAAUGUACCAGUCAAGAGCAACGAUCCACUGUAUAUCAUCUACACGAGCGGCACGACCGGCUUGCCCAAAGGAGUGGUGCGAGAAGUUGGAGGCCAUGCUGUCGGACUGAACUUCACCGUGCGAUACGUCUUUGGCAUCAGAGGGCCAGGCGACACCCUCUUCACAGCGAGCGAUAUCGGCUGGGUCGUUGGGCACUGCUACAUCGUCUACGGCCCUCUCCUAGCCGGCGCAGCAACAAUCCUCUUCGAAGGCAAGCCGAUCGGCACCCCCAACGCAGACACCUUCUGGCGAAUCCUCGACGAGAACAAAGUCAACACAAUGUUCACAGCCCCUACAGCCCUCCGCGCAAUCCGCAAGGAAGACCCCGAGAACAAAUUCUUCAAAGCCCGCGGCGAGAAAGGCGGCCUCAAGAACCUCCGCGCCCUCUUCCUCGCAGGCGAACGCAGCGAACCCGCCAUCGUGACAAUGUACGACGAGCUCGUAGGGAAAUACUGUGCCGAAAACGCAACCGUAAUCGACAACUGGUGGUCCUCCGAAUCAGGCUCGCCCAUGACCUCCUUGGCCCUCCUCCCCGGCACAGGCACCGACUUCUCCGACCACAAAUUCUACAAACCGCUCCCCAUCAAACCCGGAUCCGCCGGCAAACCCGUCCCCGGCUUCGACGUGCGCAUAGUCGACGACGAAGGCAAGCCCAUCUCAAACGGCAACAUGGGCAACAUCGUCCUCGGCAUCCCCCUCUCGCCCACAGGCCUCACAACGCUCUGGCAGGAUGAAGAUCGCUUCUACAAAGGCUACCUCAAACGCUUCAACGGUAACUCGAUCGAUACCGGCGACGCAGGCAUGAUCGAUUCAGACGGAUACGUUCACGUCAUGUCCCGCGCCGACGACGUAAUCAACGUGGCAGCGCACCGUCUCUCCACCGGCGCUAUCGAACAGGCCAUUUCCUCCCACCCUGACAUCACCGAAGCGGCCGUCGUUGGAAUUCCUGACCCCAUGAAAGGACAUGCCCCAUUCGCAUGGAUCGGAAUCGAAAAUCCGCCCGCGGAUCUCCUCAAAGACCUCAACUCCCGUCUGCGACAGCACAUCGGUCCCAUCGCGAGUUUGGCGGGCUUCAUUGCAGCUCCUGGUGUGAUUCCGAAGACGAGGAGUGGGAAGACUCUAAGAAGGUGUCUGAAGGAGAUUUUGGAGCAUGCGGUGGAGGGAGAGUUUGAGAAGGAGGUGGUGUAUCCGGCUACGAUUGAGGACCCGAGUGUAGUGCAGAAGGCGAAGGACGCGGCGAAGGAGUAUUUCACCAAGGGGGAGGGGCAGAAGUUGAAGGCCAAGUUGUGA